UCGAACGGAGUCACCUGAAACGGACUUCGGUCGUCGUCGUAGUCUUCAGGUACGAAAGGAUCGAGGACCCGUAAAGUCCUUGCAAAUCGCGUGGGAAGUCGGUUGGACUUGCGUCCCGCUGAAGUUCGCUCGCGAGGAUCCUUCAAGAAUCGUGCUCGAGGUGGGCUUCGUCCUGGACUUCAUCCUGAAACAAAAUCCACGCCAGAUCUUGAAGAACUUGUGUUCCGAUGAAGAAUUCGGAAAUCUAAGUUUUUUAUCCGGAUGAUCCCUUGAGGAACACUCUGGUCUUAUUCGAAUUAAAUUCGAAUCCCGCAAAGAGUUUUCAUAAGGGAGAACAUCCUUGGCAAACGUUAGGAUUUAAUCUGCACGGAUUUUCAUCUCGGUAAAAUUUUCUACGCAAAAGAAAUCGUUUAAACUGAGAGAGUUUAUAAGUAUACCAACUCCUCUGGAUUUCUAUUCAGCUGAACUCUUUCUACUUUCGGUACCUUUCUACUUUUCGGAUUUACGGCUUAGAUAUCUGCCAGUGACUUGCAGCGGCUAGCUACCAACGGAUGCAAAAUUUAUAAGAAGAAUAACAGCCGUUUAAUUGAAGCCUGUAAAAUGUUCUUCUAGCGAUUACAAUAGAAAUCGAGUAAAAGAAUUGUUACUGCCAGAGUAAUUGUUCCUCGACGAAUGUACGAAAAUCGGUGCUGAUCUUCGACACGACAAACUCGAGAAAUUUACAUUCGCGUGCUUAUCGCCGUACGUAAUCUCUCGUACAACGAAGUGUGAAGAAAACAUGAGGCCGCCAUACAACGAAGAGGAGGUGCAGCAGAUCUCGCAGGAGCAAGGCGAGAGAAAUGUCGCGAUGGCGGUCUGCGUACAACUGGCUGGUCGGGCGAUCAUCAGGGUGAUUUCACGAUGUGAAGAAGCCCAGGAUAAUUGCAACUUAGACUUGUCGGAGUGCCAGCUCAUGCAAAUCCCGGACGCAGUUUAUCAUCUGAUGCGGCACACGGAGCUGAAGAGAUGCGACCUCUCCGGCAACGUGAUCACAAAAAUCCCGCCAAAGUUCGCCGUGAAAUUCUCAUUAAUCACUGAACUAAACUUAAGCCACAAUCAGAUGAGCAAGCUGCCUGAGGAACUGGCCGAACUUCAGGCUCUGGAGAGACUCGAUAUCUCGCACAACACUUUCAUCGCUCUACCAUCUGUCGCCUGGCGAAUACCGCAGCUUAAACGACUUCUCGCCAGCAACAAUUUCAUCAUCGGUCAAUAUCAAAUAUCGAUGUCGAGAGGCUCAGGCACGCGCCCGUCCUGGAGUUCAUCGAUCUACAGGCAAAUCCGCUACCGCCGAGAUUGCACGACCUCCUGAGCACUCUGACCAGGAUCACGAUCGAGCUUACGCCUCGGCAGAUCGAGGAUUGGGAGGACUUGAAUGUUUAGAGCUACCUCCCAAGCGAGAGCAGAGCCCAUUUCGCGACGAAAGACGACGGAGAGACGGUUUCGUCCCCCGGAGUUCUCUCAACGAAGAUUGCUCAAGACUUCGCGCGAACUAGAAGUAGAAUCGAUAUUUUGUACAGUGAUAACGCGAACUGUGUGAUAAAACGGGUGCCGCGGAUCACAAGUCGCAAGCGGUCCGCUUGUGUAUCUUUUGUAAAUGUCACUAGUGAUUUGUACUUAAUUACUGCGGAUCUGUUACUGAUCUCGUGGAGAUCGAUCGAUCCCUCGUUUUUCUCUUUUAUA